GUUAAGUUUUAAUUGCUUCCAAUGAGGUCAGCAAAGGUAUUUAUUGAAAAUCUCUGAAUAAAAGGCUCCACGCACACACACACAAGCGCACGCGCUCACACACGGAGAAAACCCUUUUGCCUGUUGAUUUAUGGAAACAAUUAUGAUUCUGCUGGAGGAUUUCUCAGCUGAGAAAUAGUUUGUAGCUACAGCAGAGAGGCUCAAGUUGCACGAGGCAGGCAGCAGACACGGACCUCUUGUGUACCCAGCUGUUCUAAACAGAACAAAAGUCAAGGAGCACACGGCAGUACAGCAACUGGCCUUGCUGCAAAAGCUGUGUGUAUAAGGAUUCAUCUCUCAACUGUGUUACUGAAGGAGGAAUCCUGCUAUUGGUAUCCGAAGCUAAGGAUAAACUUAAGAGUCUGGGAAGAGCGACCACCUUUUCUCAGAGCAAUCUCCAGUGCACAGACAGGAGGAGGCCCAUGACCUAGGAGUGGCAGUCAGCCCAGGAUUCGGUUCUCAUUAUGUUAUUCAUGAACACCCGGAGCACUACACUAUAAUGCGCAAAUGGAUACUGACAUGGAUCCUGCCACCUCUGCUCUACAGGUCCUGCCUCCACCUUGUCUGUCUAGUGGGCACUAUGUCUUUAGCAUGCAAUGACAUGACUCCAGAGCAAACGGCCACGAACGGCAACUGUUCGAGCCCCGAGCGACACACACGGAGCUAUGAUUACAUGGAAGGAGGGGAUGUAAGGGUGAGAAGACUGUUCUGUCGCACGCAGUGGUAUCUGAGGAUUGACAAGCGAGGCAAAGUGAAGGGGACCCAGGAGAUGAAGAACAGUUACAACAUCAUGGAAAUCAGGACUGUGGCAGUCGGAAUCGUGGCAAUCAAAGGGGUGGAAAGUGAAUACUAUCUUGCAAUGAAUAAAGAAGGAAAACUCUAUGCAAAGAAAGAAUGCAAUGAGGAUUGCAACUUCAAAGAACUAAUUCUGGAAAACCAUUACAACACGUACGCAUCAGCUAAAUGGACACACAGUGGCGGGGAAAUGUUUGUUGCCUUAAACCAAAAGGGGCUUCCCGUGAAAGGGAAGAAAACGAAGAAAGAACAAAAAACGGCCCAUUUUCUUCCUAUGGCAAUAACCUAAUCAUACGUGGUGUUUGAGAAACCAGUUUCAUUCAGCAGGGAGAUUUCUUUCCAGUGGACUUUUUUCUUCCUCCUUUUUCCUUACUUUCUCUCUCUCUCUUUUAAAGUAACCAAGAAAGGCUGGAAAACUACUGAAAACUGAUCAAGCUGGACUUGCGCAUUUUUGUUUAUUUUAAAAGACUGCAUUAAAGAAAGAGUUGAAGAAUAUACACAAAAAUCAGAUUUAGUAACUAAAAGUUGUAAAAAGUUGUAAAAGUGGUUGUACAAUCAUGUUAGUAAUAGUGAUGUUUUUCUUAAAUUAAUUUACCCUUCAGAGUAUGUUAGAUUUGACUAUCUAAUAAUGAGUAUUUAAUAUCACUAUCUGCUUAUAAAAUGGCUGCUAUAACAAUGACGAUGGUGAUGCAGAUGAUGUUAUAUAAGGUAUGUCAGACCUAACCCUGCUGGAAUGCUUGAGGAUCACCAAGCCCACGCAAACUGUAGAGGACGAGCAGUGUUUGAGAGCUUUCCCGUAAGAGCUAGAAUCCUUGUCAGCUCUACUCAGAAAAGUGAGUGUUCAUGACAUCUUAUUAUAGAAUGGAAUCGACAGGGGGAUUUACAAAAUGACAGUACUGGAACAUACCUGUACUGAUUAACAUGAGAAAAGUCCUAAUGCCACUCAAAUUGAAAAGGUAUCGCUAACAGGAUGCUUAGAAAUCUGUAUAUAAAAUAGCAAUAAUGAUGAUAAUACUGUAUUUCAUCUCACCACAAAGUAACAUUUUAUAAUCCCUAAAAAUAAAAUUCCGAAGUCUUUAAGUCUUUUUCCAGUAACAUAUCUAUCUUUUGUGUAAUUCACAUUUGGGAACCCGACUUUUAAUUGCUCUUCCCACAAAAAAUUACGCUCCCUCCGCCCCUCCCCGUGGUUACAGCAUUAAACUCUACUUUAAGUUGUAUUUGAAUUUUAUUGUUUUGUUAUUUAAGUUUAUGUUAUUUAUAAAGAAAAAAAACCUU